AUGGCCUUUUCUCUUUCUCAUAAUCACUUCUUUUAUCGCAAACAAAGUUUACGUUUUUAUAAGCGACAACGCUUUUUCUCUCCCUCACAAAGUUUCUUUUUCUUUCUCUCUCUUUCUCUCAAAUGCAAGGGAGAUAAGUACAUUCCUCUCUCUUUCCACCCCACUCUCUCUCUCUCUCUCUCUCUCUCUCUCUCUCUCUCGUCUUUGUUCACAAAAACAAAAAAAAAUGGCGGGGUAGCGGUCGAUGAUAGCAAAUGGUUGCGCCGUAAGAGAAAAAAAAUUCUUCUCCGUUUUCAUCUUUUUUCUUCUUUUCAUCUUCAUCGUAUUUUCUUCUACUUUGUCUAUUUUUCUUCUUCAUCAUCGUUUCUUCCUCUUUUUCCAUUUCUUCUUUGUCGUCUUCUUCAUCUUUUUUUCUUCGCCGUCGACUUCUGCGUUUUCUUUUCAUUUUCCUUCUUUUUCUUCUUUUCUUCUUCUUUUCUUCUUCUCCUUUCUUCUUCAUCUUUUCUUCUUCCUCUUCGUCCCGCCUUCUUUUUCUUUGUCUUCUUCAUCUUCUUCUUAAUCCUCAUCAUCAUUUCUUCUUCUUCUUCUUCUUUUCACAUUUUCUUCUUAUUCAUAUUUUCUUCUUUUUAUCUUCUUCUUCGUCAUCUUUUCUUCUUCGUCUUCUUUGUCUUCUCUUUCUUCUUCUUUGCUUCUUCUUCGUCAUUUUAUUUACCAUCAUUCCUUUUUCUUUUUGUUAUUUCUCCUUUUUCUUCAUUUCUUCUUCUUCUUUGUCUUCUUCCUUCCUCCUUCUCUUUCUUCUUUGUCCUCUUCUUUGUCUUCUUCCUUCCUCCUUCUCUUUCUUCUUUGUCCUCUUCCUUCCUCCUUCUCUUUCUUCUUUGUCCUCUUCUUUGUCUUCUUCCUUCCUCCUUCUCUUUCUUCUUUGUCUUCUUCCUUCCUCCUUCUCUUUCUUCUUUGUCUUCUUCCUUCCUCCUUCUCUUUCUUCUUUGUCCUCUUCUUUGUCUUCUUCCUUCCUCCUUCUCUUUCUUCUUUGUCCUCUUCCUUCCUCCUUCUCUUUCUUCUUUGUCCUCUUCCUUCCUCUUUCUCUUUCUUCUUUGUCCUCUUCUUUGUCUUCUACUUCUUUUUCGUCGUCUUGUUAAUCUUCAUCAUCGUUUCUUUUUCUUCUUAAUAUUUUCUUCAUCUUCAUAUCUUGUUUAUCCUCUUCUUCUUCUUCUUCUGUGCCUAUCUAUCUAUCUAUCUAUCUAUCUAUCUAUCUAUCUAUCUAUCUAUCUAUCUAUCUAUCUAUCUAUCACAUCCUAUCCUGUUAAUAUCUAUCUAUCUAUCUAUCUAUCUAUCUAUCUAUCUAUCUAUCUAUCAGAUCCUAUUAAUAUCUAUCUAUCUAUCUAUCUAUCUAUCUAUCUAUCUAUCUAUCAGAUCCUGUUAAUAUCUAUCUAUCUAUCUAUCUAUCUAUCUAUCUAUCUAUCUAUCUAUCUAUCAGAUCCUGUUAAUAUCUAG